AUGUGCGCAGCCCUAAUGGAUAUGAGCCAGACGUUGGACGCCAACCUGGCAUAUGCUCCGCUGGAUGCAUACGAGGUGAGCGGCGAUGUUGUGGCCGCCACGCUUAACGCCAGCGCCAUCACUAUCGGCAUCUCCGGCCAGACCAGUAAUGGCAGCCAAUAUGACGGCACACAAAGUGGCCACAACGGCAGCAUCGCUGAUGACGCGAUAGGACAUUAUGUGCCGGUUGACCAGAGGCCGGAGACUUUUAUUGUGUGCGUGAUUUUCGCGCUCAUCUUCAUUGUGGGCGUACUCGGAAACGGCACUCUGGUCAUUAUAUUCUUCAGACAUCGCUCCAUGCGCAACAUUCCAAAUACCUACAUACUAUCCUUGGCGCUAGCGGACUUGCUUGUUAUACUAGUCUGCGUGCCCGUCGCCUCCGUAGUGUACACCCAAGAGAGUUGGACGUUUGGGCGCAAUGUGUGCCGCAUCAGCGAAUCGUUCAAGGAUAUCUCGAUUGGAGUCUCUGUCUUCACGCUGACGGCGUUGUCCGGCGAACGGUACUGUGCCAUUGUCAAUCCUUUGCGCAAGCUGCAGACCAAGCCGUUGACCGUCUUCACAGCCGUCAUGAUUUGGGUCUUUGCCAUACUGCUGGCCAUGCCAUCGUUCGUCGUAUCCGACCUACAGGAGUACCCGCUGCUGGAUAAUGCCAGUCUCACCAUUAAAGUAUGUUCGCCAUUUGGCAGGAAUCGGACUAAUUUGGAGAUUUAUUCGAAAUACAUGGUCGUGGCCAAGGCCUCUAUUUACUACCUGUUGCCACUCUCCAUCAUUGGGGCGCUGUACAUCAUGAUGGCCCAGCGAUUGCAUAUCAGCGCCAGAGAUAUGCCCGGCGAGCAGCUAAGUGUACAGAGUCGCACCCAAGCACGGGCCCGGCGUCAUGUAGCCCGCAUGGUGGUUGCAUUUGUCGUGGUAUUCUUUGCUUGCUUCUUUCCAUAUCAUCUAUUCGAGCUGUGGUUUCACUUGAACCCAACAGCAAAGGACGACUUUGAUCAUGUUUGGCACAUCAUUCGCAUCGUGGGAUUCUGUACAAGCUUCCUCAAUUCCUGCGUAAAUCCUGUAGCACUGUAUUGUGUCUCUGGCGUGUUCCGGCAGCACUUCAAUCGUUAUCUCUGCUGCAUUUGCGUCAAGCGACAGCCGCACAUGAGGCAACAUUCCACAGCCACGGGCAUCAUGGACACCAGUGUUAUGUCCAUGCGUCGCUCCACAUAUGUGGGCGGUGUGGGUGGCGGCAACAUCUCUGGCGUUAACAGAGCCUCGCUGCACAUGAACAAUAUUCAAGGCUCUAGUGUUGGCGGUGGGCGUGGCAGUAGCUUUCAUCGUCAGGGCUCGAUGCCGCUGCAGCAUAGUGCCAGAAAUAUCAGCAACAACAAUACAAAUGGAAAUGCAAACAAUAUGCCAAUGGGUGCUGCUAUAGGAGGAGGGGCAACAGCAGCUGGUGCUAGCGGGCGUGCAGCCAUUCUCAGCGAGAAAAGGUGA